CAGAGAAUGGCUCUCCUUCCUUUUGAUUUCUCCUGUUGAAUAGCUCCCUGCACGAUGUAGUAUUAUUUUCAAGAGUGUACUCAACAACCUUACUAAUGACAGAUUGACAGUCUUUCCUUUUGUCAACCUGUGCUGUGACUCAGUUUCAGUGCGAGUUUCAGUCAAUAGACUCUCCUUGAACGAGUUGUAUAACUCUAACACAUCACCUGCGUGGGACAUGAGGAUCGCCCAUCUUACUUUAGGGGGAGGUGGGUCGCAAGCGAGCUGCAUGCUGUAGCCUACUCCUCACCAUGGCAGCAGUGUUUCUUGGAGGGUACGAGCUGGAACACAAGCACCUGGAGUGUCCGGCCAACUGGGAAAGCGACUACUUGAGCGAGGAGGGGUGCGACGACACUGCGGACAAGCUGUGCCUCAGCCCCUCGGCCUGGACGGACGUUCUGGAGCGCUUCAAGCUGGCGUGGAGCUUCUGGGAGCUCUCGAAGAAGGACAAAGCGCGGGAGUACCUCGUGGAGUGCUACAUGCGGCUCCUACCGGACCCCGUUUUCCACAAGGACUGCGGCCUCGUCGGUGACUACAGGCCUGCCCUGCGACUCGUGCUGGACUCAACGUGGGCCAUGAUGCGCGUUGAGUGCGUUGUAGAUCAGCACGACGCAGUCAACUUGAACAAGUUCGUCGCGAGCGUGCAGCCCCUCAGCAAGUUGGAUGAAAAGCAGCGAGCAGCCGUGUACGCCAUCCGAGGGUGUCUUGCCCCUGAUCAAGAUCGUCAGCGGUGGCUGCGAAAAUCCAUCAAGUUGAGUCCGGGCGAAGGGCAAUGGGGCUAUUACCUGGGUUGGAUGCUCCAGGAAGACCGACACGGGAAAAAGACGCCAUCCAAGGAAGAGCUCAGGCUGCUCCGAAAUGCGUACAAGCUGCGGAAAGAUCCAGACUCCAUUCUGCGUCUGGCCAGGAGUUUAAUCGAGUGUGGCCCAAGUCGGUUAGCGGAAGCUGAAGCUCUCGUCGAGGAGGCCCUGACACUGUACCCGGACCAUCCUCGGGCUCUCACGAACGGCGCCAACCUGCUGGCCAGGCUGAGGGAGAACAGCCCCGCAGUGCUCCGCCGGAUGCACCAUCUCUACAAGCGCGCGCAAACCAUCGUCGGAGAUCGGGCCUUCAUUCACCUCAAGCUGGCCGCGCUUUGCUUCAUGUCCGGCAUGAAGGAGGAGGGCGACGAGCACUUGAACUUUGCCUUCGACCUGAAUCCAAGCGUUUGCAAGAUAUUUGUUGAGAACACCGGCAUGCCGAUCCGUCUUGACUAACGUGUUGGCUUUUCGUUUCUUUUGCGGUGUCUGAAGCUCAUGUACGUCAAAUUAAUUAUUUUCGUUUGUUUCUGACUCAUGGUUCUUAUCGAGUGGAUUUGAUCCUGGUUUUGUUGCUUGUCGCAUUGCCUUAUAAUUGAUUUUUAUUAUUGGUUUAUUAUACGUCUCCCACGACAGUGUGUUAGGUGUCAGGUGGAGCUUCUGUUGUGAUCGGACUGUACUGGUUGUCAUAUUAAUGUCGUAUGGGCUACAAAUAUUAAUUAAAUACAUUAAUUCACACCGAUUAA